GGGUUCAUUCGGUGUUUUAUGUUUUUACAUGCAGCAGGAGAGUGGUUUCGAUCUAUUUAUAAUUAAAACGGUUGUGUGCUGCCCUGCCAGCUGAUAUUGAAGAUUAAAUAAUGCCCAACUUAACCUUGGAACAUUCGCCCAAUGCGGCCUUAAACAAAACGGUACUGCAAAGGUACAUGGACCUUCCAGUACCGGACGGCAAAGUCCAGGCGACCUACAUCUGGAUCGAUGGUACCGGCGAACAUGUCCGAGGCAAAACCAGGACAUUGGAUUUUGUACCCAGCAAACCAUCAGAACUGCCAAUUUGGAACUACGAUGGUAGCUCCACUUUCCAAGCGGAAGGUUCCAAUUCCGACACCUACCUCUACCCAGUAGCAAUUUACAAGGACCCUUUCACCGGGGGCAACAACAAACUGGUACUUUGCGACACUUACAAAUACAACAAGAAACCCACUGACACUAAUAAAAGACAUUCCUGUGCGCAAGCUAUGGAAGCUGCCAAAAAUACAAUUCCUUGGUUCGGAAUUGAGCAAGAGUACACUCUUUUGGAUAUGGACCUCAGACCUUUGGGCUGGCCCAAAAACGGAUUUCCAGGACCUCAGGGGCCUUACUAUUGUGGAGUGGGUGCCAACAAAGUUUACGCCCGGGAUAUCGUGGAGGCUCACUACCGAGCUUGUUUGUAUGCUGGAAUUAAUUUGGCUGGAACCAAUGCUGAAGUUAUGCCUGCUCAGUGGGAAUAUCAAGUUGGACCCUGCGAAGGUAUCUCCAUAGGUGAUCAAUUGUGGGUAUCCAGAUACAUUUUGCACCGGGUAGCCGAAGAUUUCGGUGUUAUCGUCACCUUCGAUCCUAAACCUAUGGAAGGAGACUGGAACGGAGCCGGAGCUCACACCAACUUCUCAACGAAAGCGAUGAGAGAAGACGGCGGAAUUUUGGAAAUUGAAAGAGCCAUCGACAAACUGAGCAGAAACCAUCUCAGACACAUCCAGGCCUACGAUCCUCAUGGAGGAAAAGACAACGAAAGACGUUUAACUGGCAGACACGAAACCUCGUCCAUUCACGAUUUCAGUGCAGGUGUUGCAAAUCGUGGAGCCAGUAUCCGUAUUCCGCGUGGAUGCGCCGAAGACAAAAAGGGAUACCUCGAAGACAGAAGGCCUUCGUCUAAUUGCGAUCCUUAUUCCGUUACCGAAGCCAUUGUCAGGACUUGUAUCCUUGAUGAAUGAACAAAUACUUGACGAUUGAAUACUUAUACUCUUUUGUGACGUUUAUUUUCAAACGUUACCUUUAUAUUAAGCUAUUUACUAAACUUCACAUAUAUGGAUGUUAUAAUGUGCCUAGUUAUUAUAUAUUGAUAAAAAAAAAAUACAACGUUCAUUGUUGCUGUGUAUUAAUUUUUAUGCACCGCAGAUUUUUCUAAAAAUAUAUUGUAUUAAUGAAUGAUUAUAAUAUGUAUAUUUUCGCACCAGAUUUUUUCUUUAUAUAACAAAAGUUUACGAAAUAUAAAUUUUAUUAUUAGUUAUGUAA